ACAUUGCCUUUUCACAGGGUACCAGGGAUGUAGCGAAGACCUGGAGUUCAGCAACGGACAGGUAGGAAGAGACGACGUAUAAAAGGACCUCAUCAUCCCACAGAAUAGAAUCACAACCACACAACAUUCACUCACUUUAGCACAAUCAUUCAGUCCUUUACAUCGCUUAAUACUUGUCUAUUACCACAGUCGCUACCCUACUACUUCUAAUACCCCUCGAUCCAACAUCUUCAACAAUAUGCGUACCUCCGCUAUCGUCGUGAGCUCUGUGCUCGCCGCGCUCACCGCCGCCGCCCCGGUCGACUACUAUGUCUACGACUGCUCUGAUGACUACUCCGUAGAGCAGGGCAAGACUGUCGAGCACUUCGAUGACGGCUCCAACAGCUACUCUGUCAGCUACUCUAGUGGCGGCAAGAGCGGCUACUCGUCUGGUAGCGGCUACUCCAGCCAGUCUGGCAGCGGCUACUCCAGCGAUGGCAAGACCAGCUACUCCAGCGAUGGAAACACUGGCAACUCUGGCAGCGGCUACUCCAGCGACGGCAAGACCAGCUACUCCGGUGACUCUGGCAGCGGUUACUCUGGUGACUCUAGCAGCGGUUACUCAGGUGACUCUGGCAGCGGCAACGUCGGCUACUCGAGUGAUGGCACGACCAGCAACUCUGGCAGCGGCUACUCUGGCAACUCUGGCAGCGGCAACUCCGGCAACUCCGGCAGCGGCUACUCCGGUGAUUCUGGCAGUGGCUACUCUGGUAACUCAGGCAGCGGUUACUCUGGCGACUCUGGCAACGGAAACAGUGGUUACUCUGGCGAUGGAAACGAUGGCAGCGUCGGAUACUCUGGUGACGCAAACAACGGCUACUCUGGCAACGGCAACAACGGCGACGACGGCUACUCCGGCGAUGGUAGCAACGACAACAACAACUACGACUACUCUGGCAACAACGGCUACGGCAACAACAACGGUAUCUACCCGUCCUCAAUCGUCACGGUCACCAACGGUGUUACCGUCACGAUUCUGCCCACUGGCACUGGCAUCAUUCUUCCCACUGAUCUGCCUGCCACUUUGACCCUCCCCACCUUGACCCUCCCAAGUGGUGUGGUACUGCCUACCCAGAUCACCCUUCCCACGGACUCCAUGACCACAUCCUCUUCCACUGGAGGAGGCCCGGUCAUCAUCCUCCCUACCCAGGUCAUUCCUACUGAUUCGAGCAUGACUACCACUACGUCCGGAGGCCCAGUGAUCAUUCUUCCUACCCAGGUCAUUCCCUCGAGCCUCUUGCCCCCGGUUAUUCUUCCCACUGGUAUCAUUCCUGACCCCAUCCCCGGCCCGCUCGACCCCAUCCUUACUCCCGUUGUCUCGAUCAUUGCGCCCAUCAUCACCCCUGUCAUCUCAAUCGUCGCACCCAUCGUCACUCCUGUUGAAUCGAUCGUUGCGCCCAUCGUCACCCCCAUCGUUUCGAUCAUUGCCCCGGUUGCCAGCCCUGUCCUUUCGAUUGUCGCCCCAGUCGUUUCGGUCAUUGCCCCGAUCGUCACACCCAUCAUCCCCAUCGCGAUUCCAGGUGUCCCAGGCACUGGCGCUGCUGCUCCUGCUGCCCCGGUUCCUGCUCCUGCUGCCCCGGUUCCUGCUCCUGCUGUCCCGGCUCCUGCCGCUCCUGUUGCUGCCGCUCCCGUUGCUGCCGCUCCUGUUGCUGCCGCUCCCGUUGCUGCCGCUCCUGUUGCUGCCGCUCCUGUUCCCGCGGCCCCCGCCCUUCCCCUCGUCGGCGCUGUCUAAGCGUGUCGUCCUCAACAGCAUGAACGUUCUAGCAAUUCAGGUCAGAAGCAUUUUGAUAUUAUGACAAUGGUUGCAACGAACUCGUCUGGACAAGGAUGUCGAGCAUGGUUUUUCAUUCACGAUUCUCAGGUGGCAUUUGGAUAGUUGAUGUUUGUAUUCGAUUC